AAAAGAUACAGAAGCAGCAGUGCAGUUUAUUCAUAAAAUAUUGGUAUAUGUGUUUGUGAAGUGCUCUUCCUACAAAAACAAGGCAGGCAGGUAAUCUGUUCAUCCAUCCACCGCCAGCAACUAAGCAGCUGCUGCUGCCGCCUCCUCCUCCUUUGCCGUAAUUAUUCCACAACCGCCUACUUCCAAUCCCGAGAUCUCUCUCCCCCCCCCCUCUCUCUCCACGACGACUUUGUUUCCAUCUAUCUUCUGCACCCCACCCCACCCCCCUCGUCAAAUGUGAAUGCCCCCCCCGCGCCGAUCUCUGUUUCUUUAGGGAUUAUUUGAUUUGAUUUGACUUGACUGGAGCUGAAUGGAGUCCUCAAAUAAUAAUAACAAUACUUGCAUGAACGAAGCUUGCAGAGCAACGACGUCGUCGGGUGAAUGGAAGAAAGGCUGGGUGUUGAAAUCAGGUGGACUUGCUGCUCUUUGUUACAAUUGCGGAUCGGCUUAUGAGAAUUUGAUUUUUUGUGACACAUUCCACCGUGAAGAAUCCGGAUGGAGGGAGUGCAAAUUUUGUGGAAAGCAUAUUCAUUGUGGAUGCAUAGCAUCAAAAUCUUUGCACGACUACUUGGAUUCUGGAGGUGUAGGAUGUUUAAGCUGCAUAAAAUUUUCGGAAACUCAGCUGAUAAGACAAAUUCAGAAUCCAAGUGAUGAUAUUUUUGGCGGACUAGGCACACUGGCAGCGAUUUGCGAUCCACAAUCUUCCGUCAUCGAAAAUUAUAUGGAGGGGAAGAUUGUUACCAAGGGAAAGCUCACUAAGCCGAGCAAAAGUAUGGAGGGAAGUCAGUCCAAUGGACAUGACCUCUUCCUACAAUCUCAACAGGGUGAACAAAACUUAUCUAGUGUGCCAACGAAGAAAGAAGUAAACAUGCUUCCAAAAGGAGAAGUUGGGACUGGCGUUUCACAUGUCUCCCAACAUUCUAAUAAAUUAACUAUAGUUUCGAAGCCAGAUGCUACUCCGCAACCACAAGGGCCGAAAGAUAUGUAUGAGUCACUAGCUCAGCCGUCUUUGAACUUCUCUUUUGGUGCACACUUGAGUACUUCAAAUAGUAUGCGACCUUUACCUGGUGAGGGUGUUGAAGGAAGAGACAAAAACAAAGUUCCUCCCUUUCAGCAAGGUCAAAGGUCACGCCAAAUUCUGCCCAAGUCUUCUAAACCUGGCAUCGUCAUAAGAGCACAGGGGAGUAACGGAACAGCGUCUCAGACACGGGUUGCUAGACCUCCCGUGGAAGGGCGUGGCCGAAGUCAGCUACUUCCCCGAUAUUGGCCUCGAAUUACAGACCAGGAACUGCAAAAAAUUUGUGGAGAUUUGAAUUCCACCAUAGUGCCAUUAUUUGAGAAGGUUCUUAGUGCUAGUGAUGCUGGUCGAAUUGGGCGUUUGGUCCUGCCAAAAGCAUGUGCGGAGGCAUAUUUUCCUCCUAUUAAUCAGUCUGAGGGUGUGCCAAUAAGGAUGAAAGAUAUCAAGGGAAAAGAGUGGACUUUUCAGUUCAGAUUUUGGCCCAAUAAUAACAGUCGGAUGUAUGUCUUGGAGGGGGUAACUCCUUGUAUACAGAAUAUGCAGCUACAAGCUGGUGAUACAGUGACCUUCAGUAGGAUUGAUCCCGAAGGUAUGCUUGUAAUGGGGUGUCGCAAGGCAGCAAACUCGGGUGACAAUCGUGACAUGCAGGACAGCUCAACACCUUCACUUCCUAAUGGUGGUGGUAUUGCAGAUGAUUUGGUUUCUGCUGUAAAAGUAGACCAACCUACAGAUGCUUUUGAUUGGAUGAGAAAGGAAGAGCAACGAGGCCAGAUAAAUGGGGAAUCAACACAACAACAGAUGGGGCAACCAGAGAAAAAGAAAUCCCGAAUUAUUGGUUCCAAAAGCAAGAGGCUUCUCAUGCGUAAUGAAGAUGCUAAUGAGUUACAGAUUACGUGGGAAGAAGCACAGGAAUUGCUCCGCCCAUCUCCCAGUGCAAAGCCAACUAUUGUUUUGGUUGACAACCAUGAGUUCGAAGAAUAUGAUGACCCACCUGUAUUCGGGAAGAAGACCAUAUUCACAGCUCGAGAAUCUGGGGAGCAAGAACAAUGGGCUCAGUGUGAUAAUUGCUCCAAAUGGCGGAGGCUUCCUGCUGAUGUUCUUCUUCCUGCCAAUUGGAUAUGCUCUGACAAUAUCUGGGAUUCAAACAGAUGUUCAUGUUCUGCUCCUGAUGAGAUGGAUCCGAAAAAGCUGGAAAAUUGCUUUAGAGAUACUAAAAAGAAAAAACUAUUGGAGAACGGGCAAGAAUGUGAGCCUUCUCGGCUGGAUGCCUUGGCAAGUGCUGCUGUAUUUGGAGAUCCCACAGAAGACUCUGGUGAGCCUUCUCUAGUUACCACCACCAGGCACCCCCGCCAUCGUCCUGGAUGCACUUGCAUUGUGUGCAUUCAGCCCCCAAGUGGAAAAGGAAAGCACAAGCCCACCUGCAUAUGCAACGUAUGCAUGACUGUAAAGCGCCGCUUUAAAACCCUUAUGUUGCGGAAGAAGAAGCGACAAGAGCGUGAGGCAGAAAUUAACAGAGAGAAGACUCAGAUACCUUUGAGGAGCGAAUCUGAAGUAGACGGGACAUCUGAGUAUGCCCUGCUGCAUGUCAAUGGUUCUGAAACUGACAAGGAAAGAAGUGUAGUCAAAGUGGAUUUGGCCUUGUCUAGCAACAAGGGAGACUUAGACUUAAAUUGUGAUCCCAACCGUGAAGAUGAUUCACAGAUAGCUGAGGCGACAGGAACGAGCCUUGCCUCCUUUGUUCCUGUUGCCAGUCUUACAUCUGAUAUUUGUACUGGAGGGGACUCAGUCCCCCCAACACUUGGUGCUUGUUUAAUCUCACAAGCUGUUGAUGAGAAUGAGGAACACCUGCCUGAAGAAACAAAUGUCACAUCUAUGGAUGUGGAGGAAGAACAAGGGGAUGAAGAAUUUUGAAGUUUGAAAAUCUUGUCAAGUGCUACUUUUUUUGUUUGUACAUUUCUGUCCCAGAAUUGUAAUUCCUUUUUCUUAUUUGGCUAAUGUUAUACCAGUGCAUUUUACAUCACAUUUUGUUGUAUCAGAGUUCUAAAAGCUCGAGCAUUAAAUGUACCCUUCUUGAAGCUGGAACAUAAAUCAUAGUCAAAACCUCAAA